AUGGAACGUCUGAAGGUCAAGCGAGGAGCGCGACGUGGACAGUCAACGAGGAUUAUCAAUGAGGCGACGGCUGCCCUCGCAGACACGGGAACUACGGCACAUACGUACAAGUCACUGUUGGAGAGACUUCUUACGACCAGCAGAGAAAUCGGUCAACUGGACUCGGAGCUGGAAGCGUUGGUGGCGACUGAGAGCCUCGCUGAAGAGUACGCUGUGGUCCUGGAAUACGAGGAUCGCAUCGCUCACACGACAGCGCUGUUGAAGGCGAAGAUUGCGGAGUUAACGGAAGGUGACCGCAGACCUCCUGCGGCCUAUGCAGUAACCGAAGAGGGAACGAGAGGUAGGUCAAAGAGGAUAAAGCUACCCAAACUACAGCUACAGACCUUCCGUGGAGAUUUGGAUCGAUGGCUCCCUUUCUGGGAACAAUUCUGCGAAGCGGUGCACGAAAACGACGAUCUCACAAAAAGUGAGAAAUUUCAAUACCUGCGGACGCUCUUGUCUGGACCACCCGCUGCCGCUAUAGCUGGUCUGCAAGCUUCGGAAGCGUGCUACGAGGACGCUGUCAAGAUACUAACCCGUCGAUUUGGGGACCGGAAAAGGAUCACCCAGGACCACCUUGCGAAGCUCCGGACCCUCCCAGCGGUGACGUCACCAAGUGAUGUCAGAGGACUUCGACGACUGUACGAUCACACGCAGGCUCAUAUCCGUGGUUUGCGAGCGCUGGGAGUUGCCAACUCAGCGUACGCUGCUUUGCUGGUGGACAUACUUCUCAAGGCACUACCCAGCGACAUCACACUGGAGUACUAUCGCCGGUCAGCACGUGCAACAACAGCAGCCGCUGUUCAACAGGACAGUGCAUCGGGAGAUGGUCAAUGGUACAGCACGAGACCUCGUACACCGAAAAGGAGUUAG